AUGUCCGCUUUGAAUGGGAGAGCAUACGUCCCAAAAUUUGCUUUGAAAUUGGUAUGUCUGCUGCUAUGCUUUGAACUUGUCUCUAUUGUUUCUGCCAUGGGAGGUAUCCCUACAGGUCUUCCAGAACCACAAUUACAAAACAAUUUAGACGUCGAUGACAGUGACAAUCUUGUUACGAUCCCGGAUGAGGGAAACUUCCACGACUACAUUGAGAAGUAUGCUGGAAAGAAUACACCAUUAUUGGACAAGAGAUCAGGUAAUUUAAUCGUUGAUAUCAAGAAGGUCAAAGAUGCUUCCGACUCUAGCAGUAUUCAACCACAUACUACAAAAGUCUACUCUAAGAACAAAAAAACUCAUACAUUUAAAGUUAUGAGUCUAAACUCUACUGAAGAAGUUUGGUCUGACUGGUUCCCAGUCUCUAAAUGCGAUAUAGGUUUAGGUGAUAACGAUAAUCAGAUAAAACUUAAGUAUGCGUACCAUUACAAUUGGACUAAAGAAGAUACAUUAGAUGCUGAUUUUAAGCAUAUAAAAUCUCUGUUAAAAUUGCCCAUUUCCAAAGAAGUUGGAAUCGGGAAUACCUUUAAAUGCGGUGCGGAAGCUGGGCAAACUGUCCAAGUGUGGUUACAACAAAGAUGUAUAAAAGCAUUAAUUCAGACACAGGAAUGCACAAAGGAAUCUUCAAGAGUCAUAAAGUGUAAUGACUGGGAUAAUGGAACGUAUAUUAUGGCACCUUUGAAAGGUAUAGGCAAUGUUCAAUUUGGCUGCAGUGGAACUGACAAUCAUACUGAAUGUGAUGCCAAGAUGGACCCUAAAUUAGGAAAGAAAUUUAAGAAGUCAUAG